AGCAAGAGACCAGUUUUUGAAACCACUUCAAGACCUCGCUUUAGUCGACAGGGAGAUACUGGCACAUUUUCCAGCUGUGUAUGUGGCAACAAAACCAGCUUGCUGUGCCCCUCUGUGACCAAAUCACUGGAUUAAUGCAGCUGGCGACGCACAAAGACACCAUUGAUGACACACGCUUGCAACGCUGCAAAACCUCGCAGAGAGCAACGUCUCUAAUUCAAAUACCAGGACUUGUCUGAGGAAGAGAACGUAUAUCUGACCCACAGGGCCACAGAGUCUCUUGCAGCUAACAGAGGCCCGUCUCCAUCAUGAAGUUAUCUUUUAUUCUGGUGUUUGCGUUCAUCCUCCCGAUCAUCAGGGCUCAGGUGCCCCACUGGGGUCCAUGUCCAGAACCAGCUGUACAACCGGCCUUCACCCUCAAACAGUUCAUGGGGAGAUGGUUUGAGAUUGCCAAACUGCCGGCGCAGUUUGAGAAGGGCCGGUGCAUCGAAACCAAUUUCAGCUUGACGACAGAAAACUCCAUUCGAGUGGUCAGCUCUGAAAUACUAAAAGGAGACCUGAGGAAAAUCGAAGGGACCGGAGUCAUAGAGGAUCUGAAGAAUCCUGCCAAACUGGGAAUAAGCUAUUCCUACGUCCUGCCCUACACCCCUUACUGGAUCCUGUCCACUGACUAUGUGAACUCGGCCCUGGUGUAUUCCUGCACGGACGUCCUGAGGCUCUUCCACGUCGACUUCGCCUGGAUCCUGGGCCGAACGCGAACCCUGCCAGACUCCACCAUCGAGAAGGCCAAGGACAUCUUCGCCGGCAACAACAUCGACGUGAGCAGGAUGAUUCCCAGCAGGCAGGAGGGCUGUGACAAAACUCUCUGAGCGUCAGCAGUGCAACACAAGAUGGUGCUGUUGUUGACAGGAGGGAGAGGAUGAUUCAUCGUCACCUGAAACAUAUUUGACAAAUAUUUCAUGGUGAUUUUGAUGAGGAGGUUAGACUCAACUCAGUUACCCCAGCUGUGUGUAAGAAAGGAGUUUUUCAAGCGAAUAAAAAUGUUUGCAGCACAAAAUAACUGCAUGCCUCCAAUGUUCAUAUAGUACAACCACCUUUUAUAUUUAACACACCGUCACUGAGUUGUAAUACUGAAGGCUAAGAGUGAUGCCUGCACAGGUUGAACCAAUAAAACUGUUCAUGUAAUCAUAAAGAACAAUGUUUGCUGUUUCAUUUGCUGUAAAGAAGAAAAAAAUGAAAAUUGAAAAAUUAUAUU